CCUGAACUUCCUCUUAGCAUUUCAUAGCCUUCAGUUCCCACUCUGCCUUGUCCCUCUUCUGACAGAGGGAUGAGCCGCUGUGCAGAGAGCCUGAAGGGCUUCCUAGCCCGGGUCGAGGCCAAGGCAGGGCAAGAGAAGGGGCAGCUGGCUGAGGAGUUCCAGGAAAUCAAAGCCCGGGUGGCAGCAUUCCGGCAGCAGCAGGGCAUUUCAACAGAAGCUGGGGGCAACAAGGAGAAUAUCAAGAAGAACCGUUACAAAGACAUCCUGCCAUAUGACCAGACUAGAGUUGUUGUGAACUUCCUGACAGAAGAAGCCCAAGCUGAUUACAUCAAUGCAAACUUUAUUCAGGGAGUGGAUAACAAGCAGUGCUAUAUUGCAACCCAGGGGCCUCUUCCACACACAGUGUUGGACUUCUGGCGCAUGAUUUGGCAGUACAAGGUGAAGGUGAUUGUCAUGGCUUGUCGAGAAGUGGAACUAGGCAAGAAAAAGUGUGAGCGCUACUGGCCUUUGGCAGAGGAAACCUUGCAUUUCGGAUCCUUCUCUGUGGCACAGGUUAAAGAACAGGAACUCAAUCCAGAUGUCAUUCUGCGGGUGCUUACCCUGACCUUUCAGAAGGAGGAGCGGGAGCUAUCCCAUUUCCAGUACGUGGCUUGGCCAGACCGGGGCAUCCCAGACACUUACGGCCACUUCCUUGGCAUGAUUGAGCAAGUGAGAAGCAAGCAGGGUGAGAGCACUGUGCCCAUCUGUGUGCACUGCAGUGCUGGCUGUGGCCGGACUGGUGUGAUCUGCACCCUGGAAUACAUACGGCAGCUGCUGCUGAAACAGAGAAUCUCUCCGCGUUUCAGUAUUUUUGAUGUUGUCCUAGAAAUGAGGAAGCAGAGGCCAGCUGCUGUUCAGACCCAGGAGCAGUAUGAGUUUGUAUACCAUGCGGUCACUGAAAUGUUCCGGGCUGCCCUGAGUUUAUCUGACUCAAACUAUGAAAACGUCAAAGAAAACCGUCUUCCCCUCUAUGACGACGCCCUCUCCCUCCGACACCUGGCUGUGGCCCCGCUCAAACGAAGCACCCUCCUCCACCGGAGCAUCUCAGUGCCGGCUGACCCUCAACCCACAUCAGCACCAGAACAACCACCCAAGCUCUUCAGGGACAUGGGUGAUACCUAUGCGGUUGUGAACAAGCUCCGGCGAAGUGGAAUGGGCACUUCUCCUCCUCUUCCUCCCGGCAACGAGGCUCCGCUUAGUGGAGAGGGACCCCUUUAUGCCGCAGUGAAGCCUCGGAUGAGCAAUGUGCCCGACACCUUGGCAAUUGACCCCAGUGCCUUUGCAGGAGUACGAGCCAGUCACUCGCUGCCUGGAAGCCCCAUACACCGGCCAGCUUCUGCGGCAACCUGCGAAUAUGCCCAAAUUAACCCAGGCGAUUCCAAUCCCAGAGUCACCUCCUCCUCAUCUCACAUCAAUGGAUUUGGGAAAAAGCCCCUGAGGAACCUGCUGCCCACAGUUUUUAGUUCAUCACCUGGGAAGAAAGCCCCACCAUCACCUCGGACCGCCCCCACCCAAGAAUAUGAAUAUGUGGGCAACAUCAGUCCCAGGAGUAGCCCAAAUGCGGUAGUAUCUCCUGCCAAUGGAAUGGGGUUUAACUUCCGCAUUGGGAAGCCCAAGGGACCAAGAGACCCUCCUGCUGAAUGGAGUCGCAUCUAGGAAGUGUGACAGAGAGACAAGGGCACUGCUUCUCCCAUUGAGCAAUAAAAGAUCGGGACCAAUACUGCUGCCUGCUCACCCUUCCUUAGGGAAUAACUGUAAAAAUAAUAACCACCAGCAAAUUGUGCCUCUGGGGCUGUGGACCAACAGGGAGCGGCAGUUGCAGGAGACUUCUCUAUCAGAAGAGAAGGCCAUGGAAGUGUUCAAAAUGUUGGGAUCCACCAGCUAAGGAAUGUGUGAACCUGCAGCCAAUUUCUCUUCACCGGCUUCUUGAGUGGCUCAUAGUUGGCCAGGACAGUUUUGCCAGCUAAAAAAUUAAAGCCUGGUACCCCAUGCCAGGAACCAUCGAGACAGCACAUCCCUCCUCCCAUUAAACAAUAUUUUGCUAAUUUGUGAGUUGCGCUUUUAUCAACAGCCACUGGAGCAAAUCCAUUCCCCAGGAGUCUGCCCGAUUGCCCCACCUUAUGUCAAUUUACAUUUCUCCUCUUACUAGCCAUUUCUGCAACCUAAUCUAAGGAACGGAAGGAAGACAUUUGGUGGCUUUGGGAUUCUUGAUUUUCUCCCAUCUGGAGGGAGUAAAAAUCAAAGCCUGGCAUCAGCACUUCAAAUCAGCUCCUUGGUUUAGGACCACCCCGCCCCCCCCCCCGGCUGGAUGUUCCAAUUGCAACAUAUUACUUCUCACAUGCAGAACACUUUUGUCAAAAGAUUGCAGAGGAAGGAAGCUGGAGCUCCUCCCUUGCUUGACUCCUGGACUCCAUGCUCAUUGGACCAGUUCCUGUCCUUGUUUUGGUUUCGCUCUUUUUAGUCUGAAUGUUCAAUUGCUCUGCUCUUUCCAAAUCUCUUGCUGGAGAACUAGAAGCUUCCUGGAAAGUAAACACACAAGAGCCCUGCUCUACCCAGGCUUUGUGAUGCUCAUAUCCAGGCCACUUUGGAGUCCAUGUGGGCAGUGCUAGAUGCCCUAUGGCAGGGAUGUCCAAUAGGUUGACUGUGAUCUACUGGUAGAUCCCCACGAGGUUUUGGUAGACUGUGGGCGAUCUCUGGCUCCCUUUGCUUAGCGUCGCUUAAACCAACUCCUGCCCUUUCCCCUUGCCCUAUUGGUGGAUCUUUAGGCCGAUCCCUCGCAGCAGCGGACACCCGGCAAGACUGUGCAGCCCAGUGCACUUUAUUAUGUACAGCAGAGCAGAAAAGCAAGGCAAUGUAUUUACAGCUCUCUCACCAGUAACAAUCGCCAGACUCUAACUAACGCCAACACCUCCAACAAUAACUCUGCAGUAUCAUACUGCUUAUCAGGGAAAUCAGCAACCAAUCACAACCUGUUGCUAGGUCUGAGAAGUUGCUGGGCAGACUUCUGACUUCAGUCACAUAGUCCAUCCAAUUACAAUUGUUUAUGCAAAGCUGCCUUAUCUUUUAAAAGAUCAAUCUUUUGUUUGAUCUCUGGAAGGGAAGAUGGAGCUUUCUCUGUGCUGCUGUUUUCAUCCAUAGCGAUCUUUUUGUGAGCGACUUUACCCCUUUAUCCCUUGCCUUUAACUCCCCCCCGAAAACGGAAGUUCCCCCCCCAAGCUACAUUUGAACCCCUAAAACAAGGCCAUAACAUCACCUGAUGGCCUGGACUUUCAGAAGGAACUUUUGGAAUUGCUUUUGGACUUGAGAAAUGAACUGCGGCAAAAUAAUAUAUUGUUGCGUGAAAGUAAUGCACAGUUGUGUGAAUGGCGUGAAAGGAAUCAGAAUUGUCAGGACAGAGAAAAAGGAUUAACUCUAACAGAGAGUGAAGUCAAGCAAGAGGAACAAUCAUCAGUCUUGGACAGUGUAAUUGAAAUUACAAUGAGAGAGGAGGGCAGGAUCCAUACUGGGUUCAGAAUCCAAAGGGAAUAAAAACUGAGAAAGGGCUGGAAAAUGGAAUUAUUGCUGGAUGGUUUUGUACUACAGCAUUUAAAGAAUUGGGGAGGCACCAGGGGAUGAUUGAGGAAGAAUGGUGGGUAGGCAGGGACAGGGUGGGAGUGGGGUGAAGGGUAAUAAUGGGUGUAACUUUCUUGAUUGAUUUAGACGGUCCGAAACUGGAAUGACUUGUGGAACUUGCUGAAGAAUCUGGGAGACCCUGAGUUCAGGGGAAGGGCAGUUGAAUUUGCUAUAAUGUGUCUAAAUGUUAGUAUGAUAUAAGAAUUAAUAUUUAAAUUCAUGGAAAGUUUUUGGUAAAAAUUUCUAGGCUAAGGGGAGAAACAGAAGGGAAAAUAAUUUUUGAUUUGGAUAAAUUGAUUAAUUAUUGGUGGAGAAUAGAUAUUUUUAGAAUAGAAUAUUCGAGUGUUAAUGAUAAAAUGUGUUAGAUUAAUUUAAGAUAUAAGAUGAAAACUGCUAAAUUGGAAUUUUAAAAUGAACCCAGUGAGGGGGGAAUUGAGGAAGUCAACAAUGUUAAGCAAAUAAUAUAAGAUUUGAGAUGUUUUUCUUUUUUAUGUUUUUAUGUUUUGAGUUUUUGUUCUUUUUUGUGAUUUUGUAUUUGGAAAAUGAAUAAAAAUUAUUUGGGGGAGAAAAACCCAGAAGGGAAGCAUUUCACAUCAGCACUGGAGGGGGGCAUUCUAUGCCAAUUUACGUCUCUCCCGCUACUCUGUAAAACUCCUCUCACAACCCCCAAUUUCCAGCAAUCACUCCGCUUACUCUGGGAUCCUCUCCAAGAAAAACAUUUUCUUGGAGAGAUACAGUGGUGCCUCGCAAGAUGAAUUUAAUUCGUUCCGUGAGUCAAU